ACUGUAAUGUAAUUACGUACGGAAAUUAUUUCUUGCUUACGCAUUUUCCACGCAAACAGUUAACUAAAGAAUUACAUUCCUAUGUGUACACGAGGCAUUCCUAAUUAAAAAUAUAGAUUUAUGACUAAAUAAUUACUGUCCAAAAUAGUGUCUUUUGACUCUGUCACACUUAUAGUACACCCCUACCCCUCCUAUGAAAGUAUUUUGUCUCCCCAGUGCCCUCUCGCCUAUGGUGGUACUCGAUCAAUAUACCAGACGGGCAGACACAAAGAAGACAGCUCCUCCUGAUAUCUCCAGCCACGUACCGCCAUAAAAGCUCAUACACUGACGAAUGUAAGCUACUUGCAAGGAAGCUAUUAAUUAAAAGGUUAAAGACAGGAAAAUGGCAGGUUUGGUUAUUGGUGUAGAUGUUGGUGGAACGAAUACAGAUGCAGCAAUCAUCAAGAAUACUGAUUUCAUAUGUUCAGGCAAGACUCCUACAACUGAUGAUGUCACCUCAGGACUAGAGAGAGCGAUUAACAGUGCCAUUGAUAACUUACCUAAUGGGUACAGUCAUCAAGAUAUCAAAAGAGUCAAUAUUGGUACUACACACUUUGUUAAUGCAGUUGUACAGAGAAAAGAUAUAGUACCUGUUGCAGUACUGAGGAUAUGUGGUCCAGCUUCUCGUAGUGUGCCCCCAUUUUUUGAUUCCCCACCUGAUCUAAAGAAGGUUAUAGCUGGUCCAUAUUACUAUUUACAAGGAGGGUAUGAGUUUGAUGGUCAACAGGUCAUCUCUGAAGUUGAUGAUGAAGAGAUUAGAAGAGUGGCAAAAGAAAUUCAUAGCAAAGGAAUAAGAAAUGUUGUCAUCAAUGGAGUGUUUUCUUCAGUUUGUGCUGCACAAGAAAACCAUGUCAGAGAUGUGAUACUGCAGUCCUAUAGCAGUAUCAGUAUGACAUUAUCACAUGAAGUUGGGUUGAUUGGUUAUUUGGAGAGAGAAAAUGCAUCCAUUUUGAAUGAGACCCUGAAACCUUUGUGUUCAAAGACAGUGGCAGCAUUUAGUCUUGCUCUUCAAAGAAUUGGAUUGAGGUGUCCCUUUUAUCUGACCCAGAAUGAUGGGACUAUUAUAAGAGCACAGAAGGCCCUUGAGUUCCCUGUGUUAACUUUUGCAUCAGGGCCAACCAACAGCAUGAGAGGAGCUGCACUUUUGUCUAAAAUAAAAGAUGCAAUAGUUGUUGACAUUGGUGGCACAACCAGUGAUGUUGGUGUAUUGAAUAAUGGAUUUCCUAGGCAGUCCUCUACCAGAGUUAGGGUUGGAGGUGUAAAUACUAACUUUAGAAUGCCUGAUGUACUAAGUUUUGGAUUAGGAGGAGGAUCUCAUGUCAUGGAAGACAAGAAAAUGGGACACAUAACUGUUGGUCCAAGGAGUGUUGGUUACAAGCUGGAAAAAGAAUCAAGAGUGUUUGGUGGUGAAGUACUGACUGCAACUGACAUAGCAGUUGCUGCGUCAUUAUGUGACCUUGGUGACAGAACAAAGGUCAAAGGUCUAACUAAGGAUUUUAAAAUGAAAACUUUAGAUGUCAUAAAGAAGAUGAUUGAAGAUGUAAUUGAUCAGGUCAAGACAAGCAAAGAAGACCAACCUGUUGUUCUUGUGGGGGGAGGCUCCAUACUGGUAGACAAAACAUGGCAACUCAAGGGAGCUUCUAGUUUUCAUGUCCCUCCACACUUCCAGGCUGCAAAUGCUGUAGGAGCUGCUUUAAGUAAAAUCAGUGGCAUAGUAGACACAGUAUUUCAUCUAGAAAACAGAACUGAACAAGAAGUAAAGAAAGAAGCAGAAGUUCUUGCUCAUAAAAAAGCUGUAGAAAAUGGAGCAGACCAAAGCACCAUUGAGACUGUUGAAAUAUCAGCUAUUAAACUGGCCUAUCUUCCUGGUAAUGUUAUUCAUAUUAAAGUAAAGGCAGUUGGUGACCUCUCAGAACAUGAGCUCCACUCUUCCAUGAAAGAUUUCCAAAAUGACGAAGCUCAAUUGGCAACAGAAACUGUUCAAUCUGAACCAUACAAACCAUCAUCAGCUGCUUACUCCCCUCACCGUUAUGUACAACCAGAUGAAGAUUACCAAAUUACUUAUGCUACUGAUACUACUUGUCACAGUGAACCCACCAUUGACCCAGCUACUGGUGACUGGUUGUUGAGCAAGUUUGAUGUAGAGUGUAUAGCUAUUGGAGCUGGCAUUCUUGGGUGUGGUGGGGGAGGUAGCCUUUACAUAGGAAAGUUAAGAAUACUUCAGCUAUUAAGGAGUGGUAAAGAGAUACGCAUCAUCCAUCCAGAUAGUGUCAGUGGUCCUGUUGCAUUUGUAGCAUUUAUGGGUGCACCAGUCAUUCUUCUUGAAAAACUACCAAGUGGAGAGGAGUCAGUAUCAGCAGUGCAAGCCCUACAACCAAGAGAAAAGACUGGGGUCACUGGGCCAUUACAUGCAAUAGCGUCUGCUGAAGUUGGUGGCAUGAAUUCAUUGGAGCCUCUUGCAGCAGCUGCUCUAUUAGGGCUUCCUGUGGUAGAUGCUGACGGCAUGGGUCGAGCAUUUCCUGAACUCCAAAUGUUCAUCCCUUUUGUGUAUGGUGUCAAUCCAUACCCUGCUUCUAUUGCUGACGAAAAAGAAAAUGUUUUAUGUAUAAAUAAAGUUGAAUCUUCCAAGAGCCUGGAGAAAUUUUUCCGUGUUGUGUGCAUCAAAAUGGGAUGUUCUGCAGCAAUUUCUGCUUUAUUUACACCAGAGGACAUCAAAGAGAGAUUUGUACACUUCAGCCUAAGUCAUGCAAGGAAGCUGGGAAAGGCUGUUCUACAAGCAAGAAAAGACAAAACAUCUCCAGUUGAUGCCAUUCUCUCACAGGAGGAAGGAAAACUGCUAUAUAAAGGGAAGAUAGCUGAUUUGGAGCGUACAACAGUGGAGGGGUUCAGCAGAGGCAUCAUCACUAUUACUAGCUCUGAUCAAGAACAACCAUUGUUGGUAGAAUUUCAAAAUGAAAAUUACCUUGCUUACACCAAAAAUGAAGAUGGCACCACAAACAUACUGGCCUGUGUUCCAGACUUAAUCUCAUUGGUUGAUUCAGAAACAGGAGAACCAAUCCCUACAGAGGAGGUUCGUUAUGGAUUACGAGUGGCUGUUCUUGCGAUGUGCUCCAAUCCCUUGUGGACUACCCCUGAAGGAUUACAAACAGUUGGUCCACGAGCCUUUGGCUAUAAAGAUAUAGAGUACAAACCUGUUGGAAAGUACAUUGAGCAUCCUCCCAUACCAAAGCCGAGAACAAGAAAACCAUAAUCCAUAGAGUCAAUCUAAUAAAUUUCAAAAGUUUUAGAACUCUUAAAUCAAACAUCCACUAAAUAAGAGAAAAGAUAAAAACUAGUAAAAUACACGGUAUAUAAUUUUAUACUUUUUCAAAAGUUCUGCUCAGCAACUAUUACAGGUAAUACCAACUGUAUUAUAGUUUUUGCAGGGUGAAUCAAAAUUGGUAAAAGUAUUAUAUCCAAUUGUAUUAGAUAUCAUAAAUUAUAAUACCAGUAAUAAAAUAAUAAUAAGAAUUAUUAUGAUAUUAUCAUUCAAUUUAGAAAGUAUAUUGAUAAUUUCCCAAAAAAAUCUAUAAACAAAUCCAUGGUUACCAAAUAUUUUAUUAGCUAGCAUAAUCAUAAUGUUCAGCAUGUUCGUAAGAUGAGCAAAAGUAAACAAACUAAAGAUCGAGAGCAAUAUAACAAUAAACCCAUAAAUUAAUAACUUGAA